AUGGACGCACAGCUUUCUCUGAAUCGACAUGGCUGCCAGAACGGCUGGGAUCAUGUGGCGGUCGUCGACCAACCUCUCUCCGUCCCUAACGGCAUGUGGCAGGGCGAGAUCAAUGGGAUGCCAUUGGCCUCGGUUUAUGACGGUCAGGCGAUCUUCGACGCUUCAUGUCCCCCGAUCGACGUCUCCAUGAACUUCAAUACCUACGGACAAGUCUGGCCAAUACCCGAGUUUCCGGCCGACACCAUCACCCACGACUCCUGGAGCCCGGCCGGCCAGCCGCUACCAUCACCACUCUCCGAAGCGCCGCCGUACCUUUGGACUCAGAGUCCACUGGGGGGUGGCCCCGCGGAUGGCGAGCAAGCAAGUCCCGCGAACCAGGCUGCCAAGAACAGCAACACGAACUCGCCCGCUGCGCCGAUGAUCAGCCAGCCUCUGACGAACCCCGCCCCCAAACCCAAGGAGACCAAGAAGACGACCAAACGCCCAGCUGCAGCAGUAGCGGGAGCAUCGUCAACAGCAGCCGAGCCGACCUUGUAUUCGCGCCCUAAACACAUGCUGAAGCGGCACAAAUCCGACACUCCCUCCACCGGCUCCACCGCCUCCGUCUCGACUUCCAUGUCGGCGGGCAGCGCGUCGACGACGACGACGACGACGACGACGACGCUGGGCGGCGUGCUGCCGGCCAACGUCGACCCGCGCGUGGCAUCGGAGCAGAUCCGGCGCGAGGCCUGGGGCCGCUGCAAGGCCGAGGCGGCCGAGAUGGAGCAGCGGCGCAUGAUGCUGCUGGGCCACGAGCGCGGGGCGCUCGAGCGGGAGACGCAGCGCCUGCAGGUCAACCUGGGUCUGAUGCGGGAGGCGGCGGCAAUGCGGCAGCGGGAGCUUGAGGAGGAGGAGGAGAAACAACAACAACAACAACAACAACAGCAGCAGCAGCAGCAGCAGCAACAGAUUAAGGGAGGGAAGGCCGCCGGAGCAAGUAAUUAA